AUGAAGACCGAACCUAAGCAAGAGAUGCACGUGGCGGCGCCCGGCGACUGCCACUUGUCGGAACCUAGUAGGACUGCCGAGACCGUCCGGAGACGAGUGAACCAUCUUCCAAUUCAAGAUGACAAGCCGAACAGCCCAAAGUAUGCGACGUCUCCCAAGACCACGACCGCUAUUAAACGGGAGGUCAUGGACGAUUUUGAUUCUUCUCAGGCGCACUCCCCGACAACGAACGAUUGCGAACCGAGCGUUAUUGAUGAAAGCGACAAGAUCGAACGGUCACCGUCCCCUUCUUCGACGUCGACGCUGACGAACUGCUCCUCGCAGACUUCGCAGACGAGCACCUCCGGGAGUUCGAGCAGCAGCGGAUCUACUAUCAGACAGACAUCCUCCAGCAUGUGCGAACCAUCCGACGACAUGGACGACGUAACAGAAGCCAGCAGGCAUUCAAACCGUUCCUCCCGCUCGCACCUUUCUCAAUCACCACUCCGCUCUCCACCUCCACCUCUACAAUCCCCGCAACACCCUCACCGUGGGCGUGGGCGCGAGCGCGGUCGCCCAAAUGCCCUCAACUUCCUCGAGCCAGACUCCCCGGUCGUCACGGUGGAAGCCAUCCAGAGAUCCAUCGAGGAGUCUACAGCACGCUGGCGCGGUUCAGGCUCGGGUAAUAAAAAGUCCCCAUCCACGCGAAGCAGCACGUCGUCCGGCUCGUCGUCCAUGCGAAGCGAUGUCUUCUCCUUGGGAGACCACGAGACGGACCGAAGUAGCAGCCCCGAGAAUAGCGUUGACGGCGACUCCUCAGGUGCAGCGCCACCGUUUUCGUCGUCGGCGCCGUCCUCGAACGUCCGAACCCAGUUCGCCACCGACCCGAGGAAGGCCACCACCCCGGCCAUGACCAAGAGCUACGGUACUCCCGAAAUGCCCAGGGGUAAAGCGAAUCUACCUCACAUUCCCCCGAACGAGCUGCAGCCCCGCCUCGGUUCCCAGUUCGGCCACGCGAAGCAUCUGCCCCGAGCUGAAAAGCUUCCCCUCUCGGGAUACCAGCUCCUGGCGUCUAAGCUGUCGCCGGGUUACGCCGGCGGCUUGUCACCGACGAUACAACCGAUGUACCGCCGCUUCGAGGCGUUGAAUCAUCGCAUAUUGCUGCACCUGCAGGAUGAAUUGGCUGAGAUGGAGGAGCAGUUGCAUCGUCUCGACACGGCUGAUACCCAGACCAGACGACUGCAGAACUGCAUCUUGCCGGCGUCGAGGAGGUCGGAUUACCUUGCGGGUGGUGAGCUUCAGUGGCACAAGACGGAUAUUUUGGGGAAGAUUGGGUUCAAGUUGGAGCAGUAUAAUCAUGUACUGUCCUCCUUCGAAAAGACUCGGAACAUGUCGGCGCCGUCCAAGUCGGAAAUCGACGACUACCGAUCUUUUCUAGAGACGAAACGGCCCAUCACUGAGAUUGAGACGCGGUUCCUCGAUGUCAGCGAUGACUUGGUAACAAUUGCUCGGCCUGCCCCUCCAUCUUACGACCGCAGCGAGUGUUUCUCGUCUGGCGCUCCGACGCCCAUGCCUCGAUUACCAGGAGACCCCCCGUCCGCAGAGUUCCCGGGAGACCAUUCACAUUCCGACGGAGAAGACGAGGUCACCAAGUCGCCCGAGCUACCUCCCAGCGCGGUCGAGGACACCUCUCCUACCCCUUCAAUCGAGGCUUCGAUCCCCUCGUUAGCCGCCGGUCUCGCCGUCUCGAUUCUCCUUCCCAUCCUCACAUUCCCAACAAUACCAGGCCUCCUGGGUCGUUUGAUGGUUAUCUGCCUUGUGGCCAUCGGCGUGCUAAACCCGCUGCUGCAGGCGGGGAAUCUGAAAGGUCUGGGGAUUGAUACCAGGAACUCGGUGAUUUGCGCCGCGAUAUAUGGCGGGGCGAUGAGUGUUAUUGCGGCAGUGUUUUCUUAG